GAAGACUGAUGAGUGCGGUGUGCUGCUCUCCGUUGGCUUUAUCUUUUUCUGAAAGGUAGAUUUUCCUCCGCUGGCUUCAGAGUUUGACGGAAUAUUUUCUCCCGGGCUGAAGAAGCUUGGCACCACUGUCGAAGAUGUCUGUGGCCGGGCUGAAGAAGCAGUUCCACAAAGCCAGUCAGCUCCUCAGUGAGAAGAUCAGCGGGGCGGAGGGGACGAAGCUCGAUGAAGACUUCAUGGAGAUGGAAAGAAAAAUUGACGUGACCAAUAAGUCAGUAUUCGACCUCCUGUCCAAGACCACAGAAUACCUUCAACCCAAUCCAGCUUCUCGAGCCAAACUGAACAUGCUGAACACGAUGUCGAAGAUCCGAGGGCAGGUGAAGACCACCGGCUACCCUCAGACCGAAGGCCUGCUGGGAGACUGCAUGCUGCGCUACGGCCACGAGCUCGGAGAGGACUCGGUGUUCGGCUGCGCUCUGGUGGACAUGGGCGAGGCCAUGAGGCAGAUGGCAGACGUCAAGGACUCUCUGGACAUCAACGUCAAACAAAACUUUAUCGACCCUCUGCAGAAUCUACAGGACAAAGACCUCAAAGAGAUCACGCACCACCUGAAAAAGCUGGAGGGCCGUCGAUUAGACUUCGACUACAAGAAGAAGCGUCAGGGGAAAAUCCCCGACGAGGAGAUCCGGCAGGCCGUGGAGAAGUUCGAGGAAAGCAAAGACCUGGCCCAGCGGAGCAUGUUCUACUUCCUGGAGAACGAUGUGGAACAGGUGAGCCAGCUGUCGGCGCUGAUCGAAGCCGCACUGGAGUACCACCGGCAGUCCUGUGAGAUCCUGGAGGAGCUCAGCGGGAAGCUGCAGAAGAGGAUAUCCACAGCCAGCAGCCGGCCCAAGAGAGAAUUCAAACCCAAGUCCAUCCGGAGCAGCAUGGAGGCGCUGGACAACAGCCAGCGCAACGGCUUGUCUUACAGCAGCUCGCUCAAGUCCACCGAUACGCAGAUCAACAACACAGUCAAUGGCAAAACUGGUCAUAUCACCUCUGUGCCACUGUCAUGGCCCGAGAGCCCCACUUCCAAUGGCAAUAUUCACCAGUCGGAGGUGCUGGACCAGCCGUGCUGCCGCUCCCUCUACGACUUCGAGCCGGAGAACGAGGGCGAGCUGGGCUUCAAGGAGGGCGACAUCAUCAUCCUCACCAACCAGAUAGACGAGAACUGGUACGAGGGCAUGAUCCACGGCGAGUCCGGCUUCUUCCCCAUCAACUACGUGGAGGUCAUCGUGCCGCUGCCUCAGUGAAGGCCCCCGCAGACUCCCCCGUCGGGAAAACAAACACGUCUGUCUGCCGGUGCUGGAGCCGAGCCGGCGGUGGUAGUUUCGUCCCCCAGCCGACAUCAAGCAAAUCUGGCUGACCACAUAGUUUUCUGUUUAUUUUUUAUGAUAUUUAUGAACCUAAAGCCAACUGAAACCCAAGCCAUUAAGUGGGACGGCUCGCCAGGCGGCACCGCCGGAGCCCUCCGGCUCCGACCAAGGUGAAAGUGUGUUUCCUCACCAAGAGGUCCGCCUGCUUUUAUCCCUCCUGCACACAAACCACUUCGCUCGACGUUUGUUUUUUACAUUUCAUCUUUCUACGGUCACAUUUCAGUUGAAGUCUUUUACUGCAUUCCACUGUGUUUUUGUAUAAUUGCACCAUAACUCUUCUCUCUGUCUUAGCAGUGAAAUUGUCAGCUUAGGGUUUUUGAAGGUAAUAUUUACCCAAAUCAUGGCAUAAAAACGGUGCUUUCCCUUUUAUUUUAUCAACGGUGAUUUUCCUCCGAGUGCUGAAGAGCAAAGGCACAAAAAUCUUCAACCCCAGUUUGAAGAUUGUUCAAAUAAAAGCAUGAAAAUAGAUCAGAUGAAGAAAAGAUUCUGCUCUUAAACUUGUGGCAAAGCGAUCAAACCUUCCGAGCAUUCGAUGUUCUGUGUUGUCGUCUAAACAGCAGUCUGGGUUUUCAGUGUUUGUUGUGCCUCGUGAGGCUUUCAGGAGGAAUCUCUCUCCUCUGCUCCGGUUGGUUCCUCUUUAGCUUUGGUUUGAGCACAUUUGGCUUUGAUCCUGUUAAAAUGAGAUUGAGUGGCUGAUCGGUCUUGGAACACUGAGGUAGGAGUACACAGGCCGGAGCCUUGAAGUGAAAGAAACGGACAGUUUUGUUAUUCUGUGAUACAAGUGGCCGAGUCAGAAUGGCUCAUAGUUCUCACGUGGUUAUCACAGAGAGAACCAAACCCAAGAUUAAAGAAACAGUUUAAACUCGAUGUGUAAGCGUUGUCCAGCUCCGUUUCGUGCCGUUUUCCAGUUCAGGAUGCCCAGAAAUUCCUACCUUUUCUCCUUGUUUGGGAUGUGUUUUUUAAUAUUCUGUCAACGUUUCAAACUUGUGCUCAGUGACGGUUGAAAAUCAGCAACUUCAAAUCCUCCUGGAGCACCGAGGACAGCUGUGGCUCGGACGGUCUGGACGGUCUUCAUCAAGGCAAUGCUCUGGAUUUUAAUUAGAUUUUUUUUUGUUCCCAGAUUCAGCCUGUUUGCCUCUGUGUUGUGCCCAACCCAGAACUGAGUGGAGCUGAAUGUCUCUCUGUGUUUACAUGCUCUGACCUGUUGUCUGAAGACAGGGCCCGCUGCCUUGUCCUCCUGCAGCCACAUGAAAGUGCUUCUUGAACUGUCGUCUGUAUUGCACUGAAGCUUUAGAGUCUACCUGUCACACACGUUUACGGACACGCACCUUUUUCUUUUGUUUUUAUUCCUUCUCUUUUCCAGCGUUGCACUUUGUGUUAUUGCCUACGUGGUUUGAAUCACUACUAUAUCAGAAAUGUAAAGUGUGAAAAUGAGCCGGUAGUUUUCUAUAACCACAGAUGUUUGUGUUGUGCUCUGAUGAAUCCUCCGUCUGGAGUAUUGUGACAUAGGUUGGGGGGAAAUGGCUGUAUCGCGUUAUAAAUCAGAAGUAGACGAUUCUGUUAGCUUGUGAGCUAUCUUAUCUAGCUGGUGAUAAGCAGUACAAGUGACGGUCAGAUUAAUCCAGCUGCCACCAGACGAGAAGCUGUAAAAUACCACGUCAAGGCUGAGCUGGACAAAAGAACAAGAAGUGCAUAUUGAUUUGUAUGAUUCAUGGCUUCAUUUGUUCCGUUUGGUUUAAAAUCUCUCUAAAUAAAUCCAGGAUAACGUUGAUCAAUAUGCAGGACCAGCAACUCAAUCGCGUCCCGCUCAGUUCACCGUGGCAAAUGAAAGGAUCAGUCUGCAGGACAGAAACGUCUCGUCCGCUCCAGGUUCUCUGUGCUUCUUGCUGCAGGCUGCACACUCUACUGUUCAACAAAACAGAAGAAACAACCAGAAAGAAGUACAGUCUCAGUUUAAUACCAGCUGGACACACAGGAACUGUAUGUUUUGUUUUUAAUAAUGGUUGAUGAAAAAGAUCUAAAACAUUUUAAAUGUAUCCACUGAGAAAAUCCAGAAGGAGAAAGUUCCCAUGUUGUAUUUUUUUAAUGAAAAACAGUAACAAACAUCUUGAAUUGCACCUAAGGAUCAUGGGAAAUGAUGUGUCUUUUAUGCCCAAAUGAAGAAAAUGAGAUUUCUUUAAUCAAACUGAAAUGAUUCCCACGUCUCCCCACGAUGAUGACAUGUUGGAUUAUUACGUUUUAUAACCGUCUUACAUUUCAGAUCUGAGAAUUGUCAUAUUUAUCUUUGAUUUAAAUGGAAAUACAGGAAAAACUUCAAUAUUUCCUCAAUUAAACAUUCCCUUUUUGUAGUUCUUUUAAACCGGGAAGUGGAUAGUUCCUGAAUCCAAAGUCAGAAUGUGUUUUUUUUUUUUUUUCCCCCCCUGUUAAAGACUGAAUGUACCAAAUGAGUUUGCCUCGUUGUUUUGCUUCAUACGGGCAGAUUUAAAAACUGUAAAUCCACUGAAAUCUUUAGAGUGGAGCUCUAAAGUGUCCCCAACAAUAUGACGAGACUAUCGUCUCAAUGGACCAUAUUUUUAUUGUACAUGGGUUUAGUUUGCGACCAACUUCACUUUAUUUAAAAUAGAGAGAUUAAGAAAAAUGUAUUGGAUGCUUCAUGUUAGCUUGCAGCUGCUUAGAUGUUCAAGAAUUUGCAUGGUGAUUUUAUUCCAUUUUAUUUUUAUUUUUUUAAGCUUGUUAUGAUAGUUUUUCUACCCUGAUGAUCACAGUUCUUUACAGUUUGACACCGUUUGGUUUUGUAGUCCGGCUUCACAAAAGACACAUAAAUGACUGUAUUUGAACUGUACGGACUGUCUUGAUUGAGUUCACAGAUUAAGGACUGAAAGCACAAUUAACCUGUGUCAAACCGUCGCUUCUGCACUUGGUUUCCUGUAUGAAUGAACGACUGACUGUGAGACACUAAAAUAAGAUCUGUCUCUCUCAACACUGUACCUCUGUUAUUGCCUUUGCAGUUUUCACCUCAGUAUUUGCUUUACACCCUCUGCAAAGGUAACUGGCUGCGCCGUUCUGUGUUUUUAUUUCUUUUUCAGUAGCAUAAUUUAUGCAAAAGGUGUUUUAUAGAUGUUGUAAAUAAUUAUAAUGAUAAAUAUAUUGCGUAAAUAAAUGAGAAGGAAAUAUUGACUUG